AUGGCCUCCAAGGGAGAGAAGAAACCAGCGGAGAAGAAACCAGCAGCAGAGAAGGUACGAGCCACCAAAGCUGAGAAAAAGAUCCCCAAGGACGUUGCCUCCACCGACAAGAAGAAGAAGAGAAGCAAGAAGAACGUUGAAACCUACAAGAUCUACAUCUUCAAGGUUCUCAAGCAAGUGCAUCCUGACAUCGGAAUCUCCAGCAAAGCCAUGGGAAUCAUGAACAGCUUCAUCAACGAUAUCUUUGAGAAGCUUGCUCAAGAGUCAUCAAGACUCGCUCGCUACAACAAGAAACAUACCAUCUCAUCCCGGGAGAUUCAGACUGCUGUUCGUCUUGUUCUUCUCGGUGAGCUUGCAAAGCACGCCGUUUCUGAGGGAACCAAAUCCGUCACCAAGUUCACCAGCUCUGAUUAGAGAUAUUUAUUUAAAUUAGGGUUUACAUGAUGUAUAUUUUGUUUCGGGUCGUUUUGAUGUAGCAAUGAAAUAUAUCUAAUGAAAUGAUUUUUUG